ACCUAUGUCAACCUAUUUUUACUCUCUUGAGCUCUCUUAAGCCAGCUCAAUGUAAGUGGCCUCUAAGAGAGAGAAAGAAUAGUGUGGAACUUGAUAGAGAACUUGAGAGAGGAAAAGGGGAAGGGGAAGAAGAAGGUUAGCUUUCCCAUUUCUCUUGUAUUUACGCAGGAAGAAGAUAUAAUGCUGAGAAGGAGAAGCAAUUUGGCCUCAGAUUCCUGCUUCUCUUCUAAUUCUAUGGACAAGAUAAAAAGCUCUACCUUGUUCAACGUUCCUGGUCUCUUUGUCGGCUUUACAGGGAAGGGAUUACAGGAUUCUGAUUCUGCGAAGAGCCCCACUUCUCCAUUGGAUCACAGGCUCUUUUCCAACUUCAGUUCUUCUUUUGUUCGAUCUCCGAGAUCGCCGGGAAGAAGCUGGGAUUGUAGUAGAGUUGGCCUUGGCUUGGUGGAUUCUCUCAGUGAUGAGAAGGGACUUCUUAGUCCUGAGAGAAAGAACAUUCUUUUAGGAUCACAGAUGAGAAUUGUCAACAUACCAAGCUCCAAACCAACAAAUUUGAGCCCAAAUAUGGCGAGGUCUCAGUUUUCCCCUUUUGGUUCUUAUGAAAAUAUUGAAUCUUGCAUAACUGAUAAAGCUCAGCAAAUUUAUCAUAACCCCAAGCCAAGUUCGGAUGUUUUUAUUUCUGAUUCAAAGAGCUCAAAUCUCUGCUCUCUUCCAAAUUUAUUUUCUGGUUCUCUUCCCGUGUCCAGUGGUUCAAUUAAUGGAUUCAUGGGUUCACUUUCUGCAAGUGAGAUUGAGCUUUCAGAGGAUUAUACUUGCAUUAUCUGCCAUGGGCCGAAUCCAAAGACUACUCAUAUUUUUGGAGAUUGUAUCUUAGAGGAUUACAUGAACGAGUCUCUGGAUUCUAAGAAUAAGCAAGGAGAGGAAGAAGGAGGCUCUCAUUGGAUUGUUAAGAGCUUGGAGAGUUCGCCUUCUUUCACUUCUAAUGAUUUCUUGAGUUUCUGCUGCUUUUGCAAGAAGAAGUUGGAAGUAGGCAAAGAUAUCUAUAUGUACAGAGGUGAGAAGGCAUUCUGCAGCUUCAACUGCCGUGAACAAGAGAUGCUAUUCGAAGAAGAGCUGGAAAUGGAGAAACCUGCAACUGGUCCUUUUGAUUCUCCCAGUUCUUCCUCCUUCCAUGAAGAUCUAUUCCUUUGAAGGAACAGCGAUGUCUCAGCUUAGAACUACAUCACUGACCGUUGAACCGUGACAGUGAACCGUUUGAUCGUUUGUUGACAAAGAGCUGUCUAAUGUGAAUUCUGAAGCAGCCAUGGACGAUCGAUCUUCCUGUACAUUAAUUCGUUUCGCUGGGAUUGUGCUCAUGGUCAGAUUGUUUGUAGGUAUUUGCUGGGCGUUGCCUUCCAUUUUGAAUUCUAUUUCCUAUGGAUAGAAACUUUAGUAGAUUUAUAUUAUAAUUAUUAUGAUCUAAAGAGGUUUUUUGCUACUAAAAUGCCUCCCUUUUUUGCUUGUUCUAUUCUAUGCAGUUAUUGUAUAACCUCAUUGUAGACUUGCAUGAGUUCAUUAAUGAAUAUGAGCAGUUUAAAUAUGCUCUUUUAUA